UCCCACCUGACCUCAUUCCUCAGAGCCACCUGAGGGACGCUCAGACUCACAGAGACAGAAUGAGAAGCAGCUGAGAGGAUCGCAGUGGUUUCGGUGGACAUUUAAACACAGGAUGGAUCAGGGGGACACUUUUGACUUCCAGGCCCUGAGGGCCAAGUUCCAGGCGGAGGAGCUUUUCCUGAAGCGUCCCACGCUAAAACCAGCUCUCCCGGAGAAACCGAUGGAGGUCCCUCCCCCGCAAAGCCCCACCCACUUCCUCCCCGUGGGGGCGCGCCCCUCCCUGCUCACCUCCAUCAGCCCGGCAGGGAGGUCGGCCGCCCCCCCCCGAGUGAUCUUCAAGGAGGGCAAGAAGGAGGGCAAGAAGCCCCUCAUACAGAUCAACGGCAAAGACAAGACCAGGGGGGGCAAAGAGAAGCCGGACAAGGGUCCAAUGGAGCAGAAUGGGACAGAGAAGAAGCCCCCCAAGGAGAAGGCCCCAGAACUGGUGCCAGCCAUGCCCCCCCCGCCGCCUACGAUCCGGAAGAAGAAGCCCCUCCUGGGAUUCAUGAAGAGGAGUAAUUCCAUAGAGUCCCUCCUGGAUGCCCCCCCCUCAGACAAUCCUGGACCAGCUCCCGUCAUCCUGCCCCCCCUUAUCCCGCCCCCCCUCAUCCCUGCUCCCGUCAUCCCACCCCCUCCCAUCCCUGCUCCCGUCAUCUUACCCCCUCCCACCCCUGCUCCCGUCAUCUUACCCCCUCCCAUCCCUGCUCCCGUCAUCUUACCCCCUCCCAUCCCUGCUCCCGUCAUCUUACCCCCUCCCAUCCCUGCUCCCGUCAUCUUACCCCCUCCCAUCCCUGCUCCCGUCAUCUUACCCCCUCCCAUCCCUGCUCCCGUCAUCUUACCCCCUCCCAUCCCUGCUCCCGUCAUCCCGCCCCCUCCCAUCCCUGCUCCCGUCAUCCCGCCCCCCCUCAUCCCUGCUCCCGUCAUCCCGCCCCCUCCCAUCCCUGCUCCCGUCAUCCCGCCCCCUCCCAUCCCUGCUCCCGUCAUCCCGCCCCCUCCCAUCCCUGCUCCCGUCAUCCCGCCCCCCCUCAUCCCUGCUCCCGUCAUCUUACCCCCUCCCAUCCCUGCUCCCGUCAUCUUACCCCCUCCCAUCCCUGCUCCCGUCAUCCCGCCCCCUCCCAUCCCUGCUCCCGUCAUCCCGCCCCCUCCCAUCCCUGCUCCCAUCAUCCCGCCCCCCCUCAUCCCUGCUCCCGUCAUCUUACCCCCUCCCAUCCCAGCUCCUGUCAUUACACCCCCUCCCACCCCUGCUCCUGUUAUCCCGCCCCCCCUCAUCCCUGAUACAUCCCAGGGAUGGGAUGACGGGGUCCUUGAUGAGGACCCCGUCUUUCCAGCCUAUGACAUCCCGCCCCCCCUCAUCCCUGCUCCUGUCAUCCCACCCCCCCUCAUCCUGGCACCAAAGGCCCUCCUUCCGACCCCCCCCACCCUACGGGGCCCUGAUGCUGCAGUGGAGAGGAUCCCGGUCUCUCUGGACUUAUUCCCAACUCCUGUUUUUGUUCCGGCCCCCCCAUCCCCCAAAGCGCCGCGCUCAGUGUGUGAAGCCAUGUCCGAGAUAGAAUGCCCCCCCCUCUCCAUUCCCAGGCCGGCCAGCCAGGACGACGUCGCCCCCACCCCCCCACCCGACGCCUCCACCAGCCACCUGCCCGGUCGCCUUGUCUCUGCCCCCCCUCCAGCGACCUGCACCUCCUCUCCAUCGCCCCCCCAGGUGGACGAGCUUCCUGUGGAGUUUGAGAACAUGGCCGUGGUGGAUGCUCCUCCUGCGUCCCCCCCGCCCUCCCCCAAAGCGCAGCACCCCACCUCGGCCCUGGCGGUGCUCUCCAGGGUGGAGGACCUGAGUCCGGGGAGGAAGACCUCUCCGUGUGACAAGAGGAUCUUCAACCUUCUGGAGAAGGCCCGCACGAAGACCCGGGAGCCGACAAACCCGUCUUUGUCCAACCGCAUGUCCCCCCCUCCGGAGGAGCUGCCCCCGAGCCCCGCCCCCUCUCUGCCAGAGCUCCCACCCGUGGACUACGGGGGGAACGCCGCCCCCCCGAAACCAGUCAACAGCUUUAACCCCAGGCAACUCCCCCCAGUGAUGGAAAGGAUCCCGGAGGAGGGGGUCGACCCCGUCCCAGAGCUGCUUCUGGUUCCACCUCCUGUUCUGCUGGGUCCACUUUCAGAGAAGCCAAGCAGACCUACCUCCGUCAAACUGAGUCCACUCCCCUCUCUCGCCCCCCCCACCCUGGCAGACAACAGGGUCGCCGCUCCUUCCAGGUUCUCAGAGACAGACCACGUGGCCUUAGACGCUCCCUCUCAUUGGGGGGGGGGAAACCCGGGUCUACAAAUCUCUGACAAACAGAACCUGCCUAAUGGGACGGGGGUGGAGGCCUUCAAAGAUCCAGAGAAUCCAGAUCCAGAAUCCUCCCCACCACCGGCAGGGCUCAAAGAUCAAGUAAUCAACAGCGUCUACGACAGCACAGAGAACGUGUACGAGGCCAUGCCCGCCUCCGGGGGCCAGAAGAAAGGGGGGGGCCAUGAAGGGAAGAAGCGCAAAGGGUCCCCAAAGAAUCCAUACGCUGAGGCACAACAGGAAACAAAUGGAGCGAAAAGCAAGACGAGUCGGUUCAGCAGGACGGAGAAGAAAGCCGCCGCCGAAGGGUCGGACGAGAAAGAGCAGAAGAAGAAAGAGAAGCAGCGCUUGGAGAAGGAGAAGAAGGAGCUGAAGGAGAAAGAGGAGAGGGAGAAGAAGGAGCUGAAGGAGAAAAUGGAGAGGGAGAAGAAGGAGCGGAAAGAGAAGGAGAAGAAGGAGAACGGGAUGAAGAAGAAAUUUAAAAUCACGGGUCAGGAGGACGCCAUGUACCAGGCCAAGGUCACCGUGACCAACAAGGGACGCAAGAACGACCUGCCGGUGACCUGCGGCGACGUGGUGAGCAUCAUCCGGACCUCCAACUGCCCCAAAGGCAAAUGGCUGGCCAGGAGCAGCAGCAACAACUUCGGCUACAUCGCGGUGGAUUACUUGGAGCUGGACAUCACUGAGAUGAUGGAGCUGGGGAAGAAGGCCACCAUCUCCCGCCUGAGCGGCGUCACCAACACCAGCGUGAUGGAGGAGGAGGCCUCCGGGCCGGGGAGCAGGGCCUCCAACCACUACCCGAUGUCCACAGAGACCUUCUCAGACGACAGCGAGGAGUGGAGCGGCGACGAAGAGGAGCCUCUCUCUCCCUCCCUGGAACCCGAGGCCCUGCUGUCCUCACCGGGACACACCCGGACGCUGUCCAUGCCCGACAUGGGAAAAAACAACCUGAGCGUAAGCCACGCCCACAGCAGCAGUGACAUCAUCGCAGAUGGCCAAAAAGUCCAAGCGACGCAUGAAGCUCUUCAGAAGUUGGCCACUUUUUUCCACUCAGCGAAACCUGAGGCAGCAGCUGCCAGCGACACCAAACCAGAGAAAAGUCCCCUGGAGGUGAAGAAGGAAGCAGUUCCCUUGUCGGAGGUCACUCGCACACAGGAAAUGGAUCUUGUCACUGACAUGAUUAUUUUACCUCCUCCUGACCUUUAUGCCGACUUCAGCGUGGAGUGAUUAUUAAACAAGUUGUGCCAAACACAAAAGCCACAAACUUGAAGUCUGCUGAAGUUUUUUCUGAUCCUGUGACAGGACUAAAGGGAAAGGAUUGUUUGUUGUUGUUGUUGUUGUUGUGGACCUCGUUGUGUUGGGAUCUUCUGGACCGUAUUCACCAGGCGUCCGUUUUGUUAACCCUGAGAUGAGGGAAACAUCAGAUAUGUCCAAACCUCCCUGUCCUCACAUGACUAACGUCCCCCAUCGUGGACGUGCUGUCACAUCACAGCACAUUCUUUGUGUCGUGUUACGUUUCCUUUACAACGUGAUGGAGAAUAUCAGUAAAGCUGGAAUAAAACACAUUAUAGGUUCAGUACCAUUGGACCAGUGUGUGUUCUAGUGGUUAAUAUGAGUCAAACUCUGAGUCAAACUACUCAGAGUUUGUUGAACGGAGCCCAGGUGACUGCGCUUCAGUGUGAAACCAGCUUCUUUUAGAAGACUUGAACCUCGAGGAAAGACUCACAAAGACAAUCACACACUUCCUGUGAAGAUAUAAAUACAAAACAGAAACCUCUUGUUUUCAUCUGUGUUUUCCUUAAGAUCAAAAGUAUUGUUUUAUUUUUUUUAUCUACUUUUAUUUGCUCUUGUUAUUGUGUGAAAUAUUGUUUUGGAAUUGCGUCAUAUUUUGUACAUAUACGUUAUUAUUCUAAAGAUCUUUAAUAGUGAACCUUUAAGAAUUCUGUUGGCUCUUUGUAUCUUUGUUUCUACAACUGAUGAAUAAAAAGUAUUGAAGGAA